AUGUCCGACACACGCGAUCUCGACAUCACCAGUAAUGUAUGCGAAUGGAUCACAAUCACCGCGCCAGAAAGCAUACAUUACGCAAGCUCACAGUCCAAUCAACUAUGGCGUACCGUGCUUCGGGCUCUCAUUGAUCUGAAGAGGUGUGACGGGGUACAAGGGUGUGACUGGAGUCGCGUUCUAGAGCAGCCGUCUGAACUAUACCUCUGGAUAUCCUGGACCCACAAGUCUGCCUACGAUGCGCAUGUCGAUAUGGACAGACAUCGCCAUCUCCAUCAAAAGCUGGAGCUGCUGUCAUCCUCAGUAGUAAAAACAAAGAUCAUACAGUAUGACAUGCCCGGUUGCUACUCUGGAGGCGCCCGGUUAGCUCGAUCCUGGCCGAGUGUCACUUUGAUGCAGUUUCCGGGCAAGCUCACUGAGGAGCAACGCGAUCAGAUCGAGUCCAGUCCGAGCAUGGCGAUGUGCACUGAGAGACACAACCUGUUUAUUGAUCAACGGAAACUUGGCGGCUUUGUGCUCCUCGAGAGUGAUAGUCACGGCGAACUUGUUACGCUGGGACAGGACACAUAUGUCAUGCUCGACCGUUGGGAGAACCCUGCCCGUGAAGAAGAAGUGAAAGGCAUCGGUAAACCCAGAAAGCACAGGGCGCCGGCCCGUGAUCGGUGUGAUCGUGCUCGAUCACCGCCUCCUCGUUUCGUCGACCAAAUGAGGGCACUGGGCUGUAGCACGAUCGAGACCAGGCACAUGCGCUUCACCCACAUGCAUGCCCCUACCGACCCGCACGAAGUAAUAGAGUUAGUCGCAGAGGAUAUGGAGGCGAAAAGCUUCGAGUUUGACUGGGAAAAAGGCAGGAAAAUGUGGAAGAAGAGAAAGAGAGCGAGAAUGUCGCGCAUGAGGUGUGGUACUCUCACGACGGAAAGUGAAGCAGCUAUAAAGAGGCAGAUGCUGCUAGCUGAGGACAGGGAUGUCGAGGCUGAAAGAGGAGACAGGAGGAAUGGACUGCGAGCGAAUGCGCAGUUGAAGCUGAGAAGGAGGGACUACAAAGGCAUGUGUUGA